AUGCGGCGUCUAUUGCGUGUUUUCUUCAUUUUCAUCGCUGUUGUGAAUCUUGGAAUUUUCCUAGUUGGUCUCGGUGUCGGUAUCAUGCAAAGUGAUCUACUCAUGAUUUCUGGAAUACUAACAGUUCUCGGAUUUGUUGGAAUGGUUUUGUCAGCCAUCGCAUGGUUUAUUCAGUCUUCAAAGGCAAAGAAAUACAUGAAACAACGGGAGCAGAUACCGGAGGAGAUAACUCGGGAUACAACGGAGGCCGUGAUGAAGAAUAUCCGUGGGAUUCCGUUUUUGAUUCAGGCUAUCCAAUACUCAAUGGAAACUUCUUAUUAUCGAAAUAUCAUGAACGACCUAGGGGAUGGAAUUGUUCGAACAUCAGUUAUCCACACCGCACCGGCAUGUCAAUCAAUUCUGGAUUCGGAAUCUAAUCCAGAGACUUCAAUGCACACUCCAACACCAAGACCUUCACGAAACUCUGCUGAAGAGCAAUGGCUAGCUCACGGUGAGAAAUGGAGAAACGAGCAGCUCCGGUUAUCAAUGGAGCGCGAAAAUCCACACUUCUUGGUUUUCCCGUACAGCGAGGCGUCCCCCCACCGAGAGUCAAUGAACAAUAUGGAUGCAUUAGUUCACGAAUUCUCCCGACUUGACAGUAUCAAACGGCCACACUGCUUCACCAAACAACAAAAAAUCGCACAUAAUCACUUCCAAGUGCGCUGCAUUGGCAUGUCCGCAGAAUUUAUUGAGAGAUUCAACAACUCGUUUGGUGCAAACACAAACUACAGCUAA